AUGGCUGCUCGAGAGCACAUGGGGCGACCUGCCAGUGAACUUGAGCAGCGUGGGGACAUGGAGAGAAGAUGGAGAGGCAUCGAUGGUGGGAGAGAGAGUGCAAAGUUGCGUCUUGAAGCCCUUCAGAGGAGGCUGCAGAGAAGUGCUGAGGAGCUGCAAGGGUCUGACGGGAGCGACGACGAUUUGAUCAGCCACCUUAUCGUGGGUCAAGGGAGCAAGGACCAUGGGAGGAAGGACGCCAGCCGACGGGUGCUGGAUGAAAAAUUCCGCCGUUGGAUGGAUGAAAGGAAGCAGAGGGAGGUCCAUCAAAUGCAGCAGCUGCAAACCGCUCCCAUACCGAGCGAUCAGCAAGGACUGCGAAAUACGGAACCUGUCUAUCAUGCCCGCCCGGAAAGACUGAACACUGGCGCGAGGAGUGUACGAUCGAAGAGAACAGACCGUCUUACACCCUACCAGGCAAGAAUGCUCUCGGACCUGUUCAAAGCAUCAUCAAGAGCUCCCAACACCUUCCCAUCCACCACCUUUCUCAAAAGCUCUUCAACGACAACGCUGAGAUCAGGGCCGUACAAGGCACCUAUGUCACAGCCUCAUGCAUGGGACGAGCCUGUCCGAGCCACCUCGCUGAAGGAAGUCAAUGCAUCGAUCAUAUCUCGCACGCUGUUGGACUCGGAUGCAGUGUUGAGACAUGCGAGCAAGGAUCUGUUAGCGCUCGAGGGCUUUCUGAGGAAUCUUUCGCUCCGCGUUCAACGAAGUGAAACGACGGCCAGCAGCGCGCGCAAGGGCGAGAAGCCGAGUGACUUGCAAGUCAUUGAAUCCGCAACAGCAGGAGCUGUGAAAGCUGUUCUUGCGAUGCUGUUCUCUCAUGAACAGAUCUCUGAGGUCCAUGACACCGAAAUGGCAUCGCCGCCAGUCAACGAAACAGAGGACGGUCUGAGUACGAUCCCGCGAUCUUUGUCGUCGAGUGCUCAAAGUAUUGGAUCUUCUAUCUUGAAGAUCAUGAAUGUGUCGGUGCUCGGAAAUCAGAGCAAAGUUGAGAAGGCAACGGGCAAGGCUGUUCUGCAGGAGCUCACUACAGCGUUUCGACACCAUCAGGUUGUUCAGAGAAACAAGACGAAACUAGUCAGGAUGCCGAAACAGUCCGUCAAGCACAAGCCUGACAGCUCAACGUCUGACAUUCCUGGCCUGAAAUACGUCGAGAGAGAUUACGUCCUCUCGCACAUUAACGGGGAGCCGGUUAUCGUCCCCGAGUUCAUUCCUUCCCUUGCGAGCCGUUGGUCCCCCAUGUCCCCCUCUCAGCAGCAACUUUCCUCAGACGGGAUCGAUGACGCGGGGGGCUGGAGGGCAGGUUCAGAGCUAUCAACUAUGGUGAGCCCACCAAUAGCAGACCAGGAGUGGCAAUUCUCCCAGGACGCCCACUCCGGUCGAUCAGGUCACUCCGAGCCCAAGGACAUAAGGGAGACUGUCCUGAGGCGAGAGAACAUGGGGACGCAAGCAGUUUCGUCUGCUUCCUCGUAUGAUGGCAGAAAGCGGCCGCAGCAACCUGGUUACUACGGGGCCACAGCGAGCAUCUACGAGUCGAUCGACAGGGUCGACAGGCUUUUGAAGGCAUCAGAGGACGUCGCAGGUUUCGCCUCCUUGUCUUGA